GGAGCCGGGCAGGGCGAGGCGCUGGUCCCCUUUCCGCGCUCUUCGCGCCGCCGGCUCCUCUCCGUCUUUCCGGCGCGCGGCUGCCGGGCUGCGUCUCGGGGGGCUCCUGCCGAGGACGCCUUCCAGGCAGGCAGGUCGUGAGAAUGUCGGCGGCCGAGGAGGGCGGUUUGCUGGUGCGCCCUUUCAAGCUCAUCGCGCUGCUCUGCGCCUUCUUGGCGCUGGCCCUGGAUGUGGCAGCGCUGCUGAGCCCCGCCUGGGUCACGUCGGAACGCUACUCGCUCUCCCUUUGGAAAGAGUGUCGGCAGCUCCUGGGCGGCUGGCAGUGCCUCUCCACCCUCCGAACUGACUGGCAAGUCACCACCCUGGUGUUAAUCCUGACAGCUGCCACCAUCGCUCUGCUGUCAUUCCUCAUGUCUCUGAUUUCCUUCUGCAUGGGGACCCAUAAGUCCUAUUAUCGGGUAGUGGCAGUUCUUCUCUUUGGAGCAGUGGUUCUCCAAAUCUGCGCCUUGAUUCUCUACCCCAUCAAGUUCAUUGAUAGUAGCCUGCUGAGAAGCUACCACGAGUUCAACUGGGGAUAUGGUCUGGGUUGGGGUUCUGCCAUCUUUAUGCUGGGAGCAGCCAUCCUUUCCUGCCUACGCAUUGAUGCAUACGAAGAUGCUUAUUACUAAGACAUCUUGGAAGAACGCUACCGGAUUACCAGAUCAGGAAGGCCAGAUCAGUAAACAGAGAGCAACAGAACAGGAAGGACAAUUGGAUUCAUGGGAAUUCUUGGCACACUCAAGCAUUAUGGAUGGACACUUUGGCCAGCAUCUUGCCAAGAGGAGAAGUGAAGACCUUCAGUUGGACGCUCUUCCAUUAUCACAAGGACCUAUCACUGCGAGCCAGCUGCACUUCUCUCCAUCACAACUUGCUUAAGAUCUUUCGUGCAUUUUUUAAAAAUUACUUUUCUUUAUCUUAAUCUUCUGUAUAAGAAAGGUUGUCUUUAUUUUGUUUUUGGGAGGGCAGCUCCUACAGUGAACAGCAGCUUGGUUUAGCUUUGAUUUAGUGGUGUCCUGUGCACACCUUGAACACAAAGAUGGGGAGUUUGUGUGAAUUCAAAGGGUUCUGCAAAUGCACUGAUGCUAAAUCCACUUGAUGCUGAGAAGCCUGAAACACAGAAAACAUAAGGUUUUAUGGGCUGCCGAUGAAUAAAACCAUGGAAGAAAUGA